CGCAAUUACUUCCCAUCUCCCUUCAGUGAUUUCAGAGAGUUGCCUUUUCAUUUCCAACACGUAGAGCCAUCGUAAUUCACAAGUGCAAUGGCCACGCGAAAGCAGCCGUCGCAGGGCGCGACGCCGGACGCUGCCGCUGCCCAGCCUCGGAGGCCCCGCGUCCUGGUCGCCGCCUCCGGCAGCGUGGCGGCGAUCAAGUUCGAGAUCCUCUGCCGGAGCCUCGCCGAGUGGGCCGACGUCCGGGCGGUGGCGACGGCCUCGUCCCUACACUUCAUCGACAGGGAGUCGUUCCCAAGCGGCGUCGCCCUCCUCACCGACGCCGACGAGUGGUCCGCCUGGGGGAGGAUCGGCGACGAGGUCCUGCACAUCGAGCUGCGCAAGUGGGCCGACGCCAUGCUCAUCGCGCCGCUCUCGGCAAACACCCUGGCCAAGAUCGCCGGCGGGCAGUGCGACAACCUCCUGACGUGCGUGGUGCGCGCGUGGGACUACAGCAAGCCCAUCUACGUCGCGCCGGCCAUGAACACCUUCAUGUGGGACAACCCCUUCACCAGGCGCCACCUCGACGCUGUCGCCGGCCUCGGCGUCUCCCUCAUCCCUCCGGUGACCAAGCGGCUCGCCUGCGGGGACUACGGCAACGGCGCCAUGGCAGAGCCCACCGAGAUCUGCAGGACCCUCAGGCUCUUCUUCGGUUCACAAGAGCCACUCUGAAAGACUUGCUCACUCUGUUUGCCUGCUGUACGAGAUAGGUGUAUCCGCAAACACUUUCUCUUCUAUCAAACGCUUACAAUG